AGCACAGUGGGCCCGACCGAAGCCAUUUUAUUAUUUUAGCAGCAAAGGUGCAGGUGCAUCAGUAUUUUUUUUUUAUACGAGCAAUUUUCAUUUUUGUGCUCACGACACCAUGGGCCAGUGUGGGAUCACGUCAUCUAAAACCGUCCUGGUUUUCCUCAACCUCAUAUUCUGGGCUGCAGCUGGAAUUUUAUGCUAUAUUGGAGCCUAUGUGUUCAUCACAUAUGACGACUAUGACCACUUCUUUGAAGACGUGUACACUUUGAUUCCUGCUGUUAUAAUAAUAGCUGUCGGGACUCUUCUCUUCAUCAUCGGCCUGAUUGGCUGCUGUGCAACAAUACGCGAAAGCUCCUGUGGCUUGGCAACUUUUGCAGCCAUCCUCCUGUUGGUCUUUGUAACAGAGUGUGUGGUGGUGGUGCUGGGCUACAUAUACAGGGCGAAGGUAGAAGAUGAGGUGAAUCACUCCAUCCAGAAGGUUUACAAUGAAUACAACGGCACCAACACUGAUGCUCCUAGUCGCGCUAUUGACUAUGUGCAGAGGCAGCUUCACUGUUGCGGCAUUCACAACUACUCUGACUGGAGGAACACUCGCUGGUUUAAAGAAUCCAAGAACAACAGCGUUCCAGUCAGCUGCUGUCAGCCCAGCAUCAGCAACUGUACAGGCACUCUGACUCGACCAGCAGAUCUCUACCAAGAGGGUUGUGAAGCUCUUGUUGUGAAGAAAUUAAAGGAGAUCAUGAUGUAUGUCAUAUGGGCUGCACUAACUUUUGCAUCCAUACAGAUGCUGGGCAUGCUCUGUGCCUGCGUGGUGCUGUGCAGGAGGAGUCAUGAUCCGGCGUAUGAGCUGCUGGUCACCACCAACAGCUAUGCAUGAAGGACGCAGCCAGCCAACAAAACACUCAGAAAAUCAACAGGAGCUUCACCGGACAUGUCCACAGUAGAUAUCAGCUGUAGUUACAUAAGCUCAAGCACACCUUGCACAAUUCAUGAUAAAGUAGCGAACACUGACUACGUGGUUGGGGUGGGAAGGGGCUUCAAGGGGAAACCAGUUAUUUAUUGACAUGCUUUUGAAGUUACUGUUACUUUAAAUGUUUUUUUUUUCUUACACAUGCUGAAAUACUUUUAAAAGCCAAAGUUGUGUAUGGCUAAUUGACAUUGUUGAUGUUGGUGCAGAUAUUAUUUUCUUUUAAUUAUGGCUUCAUGAAAUUUGUGUUCGUCCCCAGUGAGGAUAAGGAGGAGGUAAUUAUGUGAAAACAUGUUUGGGAGUAUUUUAUGGAAUGUAUUUCCUUGUGUGCUAGUUUGCACUAUGGCUGGAGCUCUGGAGAUGUUUCAUGGUUGUUUAAAUGCAUACAUAAUAUAUGCUAAAAAGAACAUGUAAACAGGAACACUAAUCCCUGGUUUGACCAGACUUUGUGAAAAUGAAAAAUGUUUUUUACCAUACUAUGGAUUCAAGGUUUUGAUCUCAGCUGUUACAACAAUACAGUUCAGUGUUUAAGCUAAACUCAUUGACACUGACAGAAUAAGAACAAGGUUUUUUUUUUUCUCAGCAGCUCUGUGUUUGUUGUCAAAGCCAUGUUUAUGAGAAAGAAUUAUUCAUAUUAACAAAUAUUCAGGUUGUGAAUAAUGUACAUUCAGUUUUGGUGUGGACGUUCUCUGAAUCAGGCUGCUCUUGUGAGGCAUUGCCAAUAUAUAAAUUGUGAAUCAACCUUUGGGUCUCCAGUGCCAUUAGUAGGAGUAUCAUCAGUGUUACCUGAAGACGUGUACGUGUAGACUCAGUUUGUUCCAGCCACAGAAACCCUUCUGUUUACUUAGUUCGUUAUGAGCCUGAUGCAAAGAACUACAACACAUUAUUUUUUACGUUUUUGUGAAGUUGUGCUUCUUUUUAAUAUUUUUGAGCUUUUAUGUUGAUCCCGUAGAUAUUUAGCUAGUGCCACAGGAAAAAAAAAUCUGAGAAGCAAAUUGUGUAUAGAUUGGAGAACAAGCAGGAGACAAAUAAACUCAUACAUUUCA